AUGUUGUUGUUGGUGGCGGCGGCGAGCGGAGCCGGAGGAGCCGCCGCAAAGAUGGAGGAGCCGUCGAGGAGGUGCUGCUGUUGCUGCCGCCGCCGCUGCUGCCGCCGCCGCCCGCGAAGCCGGUGCUCGAGCCGCAGAGGGGAUGCCGUUCUGAGUGCCUGACUGUCUCGCCCCGAAGGAUGGCCUUGGAUGGGCAUUAGAGGCACGGCGGCCCCGGGCUCCCAUCCCGUCCGUCUGUCUGUUAUCAUCGUCUGUCUCUCUUGACAUCACUGCAGCUCCACCCCCUCCUGUCCCAGCCCCCAGCGACAGCUUCCUGUGGGCCCAGAGCCGGCAUGAACUCUCCCAACGAGUCGGAUGGCAUGUUAGGCCGGGAGCCAUCCUUGGAAAUCCUGCCGCGGACUCCUCUGCACAGCAUCCCUGUGGCAGUGGAGGUGAAACCAGUGCUGCCAGGAGCCAUGCCCAGCCCCAUUGGGGGAGGGGGUGGAGGCAGCCCCAGCCCUGUGGAGCUGCGGGGGGCUCUGGCCGGCCCUGUGGAUCCUGCACUGCGGGAGCAGCAACUGCAGCAGGAGCUCCUGGUGCUCAAGCAGCAGCAGCAGCUGCAGAAGCAGCUCCUGUUUGCUGAGUUCCAGAAGCAGCACGACCACCUGACACGGCAGCAUGAAGUUCAGCUGCAGAAGCACCUCAAGCAGCAGCAGGAGAUGCUGGCAGCCAAGAGGCAACAAGAGCUGGAACAGCAGCGGCAGCGGGAGCAGCAGCGGCAGGAGGAGCUGGAGAAGCAGCGGCUGGAACAGCAGCUGCUCAUCCUGCGCAACAAGGAGAAAAGCAAAGAGAGUGCCAUCGCCAGCACAGAGGUGAAACUGAGGCUCCAGGAAUUCCUGUUGUCGAAGUCAAAGGCCUCAACCAUUCCCUCCCUCAGCACCCCAAAUGCUG